GAGUUUGCACGAUGGCGCAGCAGGGGGCGACGCUGCAAAACUACAACAACGAGCUCGUCAAGUGCAUCGAGGACCUCCGCGAGAAGCGCGAGGAAGUCAACCGCGCGAUCCUCAAGGAGGAGGAGGAGAAGGCCAAGAUCCAGAAGGAUCUCACGGUGCUCACGGACCGUCUGAGCAAGAUCAACGAGACGCUUGCGCGCAAGACGCAGGCAAGGAACGAGUACGACCGGACGAUCCAGGAAACCGAGGCCGCGUACAUGAAGAUCCUCGAGAGCUCGCAGACGCUCCUCCAUGUGCUCAAGCGCGAGACGGUCCAGCUCACCAAGAAGAAGCAGACGUCAACGUAGGACGACGACCCAUCUCGCCAUAGGAAGAGAAUGUUCACUUGCUCGAUGUUACGUAGCGAAUAAUAAAAUAAGGAUCUACUGGCGACGCCAGUGGGUUGGGAAUCUCA